GUGACUGUUUGGAGACUGAGUCAGAACAUUUCCAAGUACUGCAGCUCUUGUGGGAUGUUCACAAUCUGCGGUGGCCGGUGUGGGUAUCUAUGAAGAACAGUGGUGAACGAGAAACUCGGUCAUGGACAGCCAAGUCUCACUGAUAAAACGUGGGGACGAGCAAUGGACGAGCUGCUGUAGCUCAGAUUUAAUGUGGUUCUGAUAGAAAGAUGUCAGGACACAGAGUGCAUCACACAAUAUUAGGCAGGUGGUCAUAAUGGGGAUAUGUUUUCACUUUGGUUGCAGAAUUUGUACAAUUGUAAGCAAUUAUAGUCUACACACACUCUGCUGUACGAGUCUCUUGCCCUUGGAAAACAUUAACCAGCUUUAAAUGUACAAAGAUAUUUCCUUUUAUGGGCUUACACUGCGACCUCACCCUGACAACACCCGAAUCUGAACUUGAGCCCUCAGAUGUUGGUUGAAAAUAAAACCCGGAAGCAUCUAGGUCUGUCUGGUCAUCUGUCAGCAUAUAUAAGGAAGUGUGGCUCCUCUAGAGCACCAGAGACUUCGCAACUACCUGUGAGAAACUCUGCGGAUUCCUAGAAGAUGAAGCUCUUGGUGGUGUUAGUGUGCGUGCUGGCAGGCUGCCUGGCAGAGAAACCUCGCCCAUGCAAAAGCCCUCCCCUUCUGAGUGGAGCCCUGACUGUUUCCACACAGAAUGAAAAGCUGUGGAUUUAUGCCAAAUACCUGUACGAUGGAUGGGGACAAAGGGUCCGGCUCACGGAGCUGGGGAACUACCAGAACAAGUCAUUCACCUAUGACGCCCUGCUGCUCUUCAGAGAGGCUGCCAUGUAUGAGAUUGACGACAAAGCUCGUACAUGCAAGAAAAAGCCUCUGAAGGCAGACUUCCAUCCUAUGGAAAUCCCAAUAAAUUCAACUCUGGUGGGCCAAGCCGUCGUGGGCAGCUCAUCUGGACCCGGUCAAGGACUCCUGGUCAACACCUGGACUGGAAAUCUUCCUGGAAAUACAGGAAAGUACCUGACCACCUUCACUGAAUUCGGAUGCAUUCCGGUCAACACUAUGUACCAGACACAAGAGUAUGGAUGGAUGGUGACAGGCUUCUUCAACAAUGUCGUUGGGAUUUCUGACCCCGGUCAGCUCAACCCCCCCGACUACUGCCCAACAGAGAUGACGGCGAAUGGAGAGCAGUCUGAAGAUUUCACCAGUUUGUUCUUUAAGCUGCAGUGAAGGCUUUGGCAGGUUUUUACCUUACACAGUGCACUGAGAUCACCAAUGUUGUGAAUUGGCAUUAUAUGAAUAAAACUGAAUGGCAUGUAAUUGCAUAUAAUAUGCCGUCUCCUCCUUAUUCCGGUUUGAAACAUGGAGGGCAAGUUUGGCCUCAUUGUUCUUCUGUGUAUCUCUUAUCAGGAUGAAUUUUGCUUUCUUUCUGGCAUACAGAAAAUGAUAAAGCGGUUCCAACAAUCAUCUGGUUUUUUUUGUUCUUUCUUAGUUUAGUUUUUUUUUGCAACUGGUUAUUGCCUCUCAUAUUUGCUUUUCUUACUUCCCAUUUUCUAACACUGUUGUGGCCACAUGUUGUGUUCAUCAAUAAAAAUGUAACACAU